CCUAUUCCACCGAGCCUUGCCUUAUACUCUUCCUCGUCUUCAUUUCUCCUUCCUUUUUUUCCUUUUAAUUGAGACUAAAACACUCCUUUUUUUAGCAAAAGCAAAACCCGAAUAACAAAUAAUAAUUAAAGAAAACCCCAGAAAAAAAAAGCAUGUUUUUUUAGAGCAAUUUACUGCUCAAAAGCGUUACGUUUGGCAUCACUUCAGAAUCUGCUGCUUGGAAAGAGAAACUGAAGUUGAACAAUAAAAACGAAGUAUAGAAAAAAAAAAGUCUUUAAUAGUGAAAGGAAUUGAUUUUCAUUGAGAGAGAAAGAAGAAUUAAGAGUUGGAUUUCUAUUUUGGGUUGGUUAUGGCUUUUUGCUCUAUGAUUUGUUGUGGGAAAGGCGUGGAUCGGAAGGAGAAAAGGAAGAAGGAGCCGACAUGGAGGAUUUUUUCAUUGAAAGAGUUGCAUUCAGCUACCAAUAAUUUCAAUUAUGAUAACAAGCUCGGAGAAGGGGGAUUUGGCAGUGUCUAUUGGGGUCAGCUAUGGGAUGGAUCUCAGAUUGCAGUUAAGAGAUUGAAGGUGUGGAGCAACAAAGCAGAAGUGGAAUUUUCUGUUGAGGUUGAGAUAUUGGCCAGAGUUCGACACAAGAAUCUACUGAGUUUACGUGGCUACUGUGCGGAAGGGCAAGAACGUCUGAUUGUAUAUGACUACAUGCCCAAUUUGAGUUUGCUUUCACAUCUUCAUGGGCACCAUUCAGCUGAAUGCCUUCUUGAUUGGACCAGAAGGAUGACUAUUGCAAUUGGCUCUGCUGAGGGAAUUGCCUAUCUUCACCACCAUUCAACCCCACACAUAAUUCAUAGAGACAUCAAAGCUAGUAAUGUGUUGCUUGAUUCAGAUUUCCGGCCUCAGGUUGCUGAUUUCGGGUUUGCUAAGUUUAUUCCUGAUGGUGCAACACAUGUGACUACUCAAGUCAAGGGUACCCUUGGCUACCUUGCUCCUGAAUAUGCCAUGUUAGGAAAAGCCUCAGAGAGUUGUGAUGUAUACAGCUUUGGCAUUCUUUUGCUAGAGCUUGCCAGUGGCAAGAAACCCCUGGAGAAGCAGAGCGCAACAUUGAAGCGCUCGAUUGCAGAAUGGGCUUUGCCACUAGCCUGUGAGGGGAAGUUCAGUGAAGUGGCAGAUCCAAGGCUGAAUGGAAAGUAUGUGGAAGAGGAGUUGAAAAGGGUUGUCCUUGUAGCACUUGUAUGUGCUGAUAAUAGGCCCGAGAAAAGACCAACCAUGCUUGAAGUUCUUGAGCUGCUCAAGGGAGAGCCGAAAGUGAAAUUAGCUGAACUAGAAAGUAAUGAACUGUUCAAAAACCCCCAGUCUGGUGUUUGCAGUGAUGGGAUAUCAUCGGCUGCUGAAGAGAGCUCAGACAUAAUAAAGGAAGAGGAUCCAAAGCCAGUGAAGGAGACUGAGCACGAAAAGACUCAAGACGGCUAACGCCUUGGACAAAUUGCAGUAUUAGAUGUGAAAUUUGUAUUUUUGGUUUUGUUUAACUUAUUAAGAGGUGGCACUGGCUGUCCAUGGUUAGAAUUGCCAGCAAUAUUGGCCACGUUGUAAUAUGGAAGCAUGUUUUUAUGAGUGCCAUGGGAUAUGUUUGGGGGCCAACUUGUCUUUUGCUUUUGUUUUCAUAUAAACAUUUGGUGUCUGCUGGGUGUUACAUCUAUGAAUCUCAGAUAACUGAGGACAUUGGCAGACAUUUGAGUUUGAGAUUGCUGCUUGUGAGAUAGGCAUUUUAAGUGAGACAUUCAUUGCUUGUGGAAUGCAUUUUUAUUAUUUUUAAAAGAAGGCCAAAGAAAAAAAAAAUAGAAGGGGUUUCACUUCAAACGAUGUUCUCUUGUAUAUUUGUAUUUGUGGAUGUAAUAUUUAAAUUGUGUAAAGCACACUAUUGUAUCAAUUUGUAUCGAAUA